GACCUGUAAUCGUCUCCAUCUUCGAUGUCUAUUGUUAUUGCAGUCUCUACGAUUUCCAGUUAUCUACGUUCAUUGAGGACAUUUGGAUACAGCAAACAUGUCUUUCCCAACUCCCUUCGGAGCCCCCAUGCUCAAACACUUCUCCUUCUCCCCUAACUUCAAAAACCUCAACCACGGCUCCUUUGGCACCCACCCCCUCCUCGUCCGACAUGCCCUGCACAACCUUCAAUCUGAAGCCGAAUCCCGUCCAGACCUCUUCAUCCGCCGCACCACACCGCAGGCUCUUGACUCAUCGCGACAAGAAGUCGCUUCCUUGCUCCAUGUUCCUAAGAAUGAGGUUGUAUUGGUGAAGAAUGCGACAACAGGCGUGCAUACUGUCCUACAUAAUAUGGGUUUCAAGAAGGGAGAUGCGGUUGUGUACUUCGAUACGGUGUAUGGGGCUGUGGAGCGGAUGUUGUUCUCGACGGUCGAAAUGACAGGCGUGACAUUGAAAAAAGUGCAAUACCGAUUGCCAUUGCAUCCGGAGGAAUUAGUCGAGAAGUUUAUGGAUGCUGUCCGCGCAGCAAGGGAAGAAGGGUUGAACGUCCGUGUCGCAGUCUUCGAGACCAUCGUCAGCAUGCCCGGCGUCCGUUUCCCGUUCGAGCGUUUGGUCGAAGUAUGUCGCGCAGAGGGCGUUUUGAGUCUGAUUGAUGGGGCACACGGAAUCGGGCAUAUCCCGUUAGAUCUUGGGACAUUGCAGCCGGAUUUCUUCACCAGCAACUGUCACAAAUGGCUUUACACGCCGCGCGGCUGCGCAGUUCUCUACGUGCCCGUCCGUCACCAACAUCUCAUACGUACGACUCUCCCGACAUCCUGGGGCUAUAUCCCCACCCCUGGCUCAGCGGGGAUCGGGGCAUCGACGAUGCAAACGGCUGGUGGUGGGAAAUCGGCGUUUGAGAGUUUGUUUGAGUUUGUAGCUACGACUGAUGAUACGCCGUACCUGUGUAUCCCGACUGCAAUAAAAUUCCGCAGAGAAACCUGUGGCGGGGAUGAACAGAUCUUCACAUACUUGGAAGAACUCGCCAACGAGGCCGCUGAUAUCGUUGCGGGCGAGCUGGGAACGGAAGUUAUGCAGGAGCCCGGGAUACGGCAUUGGAGAGAAUCUUUGCUGCGGAAAUGUGCGAUGACUACUAUCCGGUUGCCGAUUCCCAUUCAGGAUGGUACGGAUCUUUCGGCUGAUGCUGGGAAGAAGAGGGUUUGUAUGCCUUUGCCCGCGGAUGAAGUGCAGGGUGUUUGUCGGUGGAUGCAGGAUACGCUGGUUGAUGGAUUUGACACGUUUCUGCCUGUGUUCCCGCACGGAGGAUGGCUCUGGACAAGGUUGAGUGCACAGGUUUAUCUGGAGAAGAGUGAUUUCAAAUGGGUGGCUCCUAUUCUGAGAGAGUUGUGUGAACAGGUUGGCAAGAAACACCAACCCGAAGCCAGACUAUAGACAUAUAUAUACCCCAUUUAUAAUAUAUACAAUCUAAGAACGGUGAUAGACUUGUCUUCCCCCAAAAUACGUCUCAUGCACAGCAGCCUCCAACAAUCUCUCGUUGUCCCACUGCAUAUCCCAGACCACAAAAUCUGCCUUCUUCCCCUCCACCAAGGUCCCAAUGAACCCAUCCGCAAACGUCGAGUACGCACUUCCCGCUGUCCCCGCAGAAACAGCUUCUUCUAACUCUAGCGCAAAAUGCU